ACUGUUGGAACAGCGUCGCCCCCAAGCCUGAUGCUACGUACGCGCACAACAUUCGAUCAGAGAUAGAUCAGAGCGAGUCGAGAAGAAACACCUGGACGUAAAUUGACUUAAAACGUACAAGGUGGAUAAUGGCUCAAAAGACAUGGACAAACCGCGAGACUGAAACUGAGGCUUUUGAGGAUGAUUUAUGGGUGAGGCCCCGUGAACCGUGGGGGGACUGGAGGCGAGAUACUGGGUCACUUCAGGUUGAUGAAUCACGUGAUUCAGUGGGGCAUUACGGAGACGAGGAUCAACUGCUGAAUUCCAUACCAGUUUCUCCGGAAUUCGACGCCUUUUUGAUGGAGCUUCAGAACAAGCACAUGGACGGCCACACAGAGAACUUUAACAGGAAGAUACUAAAUGACGUUCCCACCAUGAUUGUCUCCACCUUUAAGCGUUUAGAGACAAUAUACCCGGAUACUUUCCUGGGUGCCGUCGUCCACACGGUGGGCAGCGUUGGGGAGCAGACCAAGGUCGGAUUGUAUGAGGAAUUCGACUUUAUGGUUGAGUUACAUGCCCUUGAGCAGGUGCUUCUCCGCCUUGCGCGCCCUUUAAAAAGUAAAUCCGAACUAAACACGGUGUAUUUAAGCGAGGGUUUCCAUUUAGUUCUAGACGACGAUCCGAACAGCGAAGAAGUCAUCGAGAUACCUUUCAAAUCCACGUCAAUAGACGGUGUCAUCGCGAAGGAGCUGUUGGCGUCGCUUUUGCCAGGCUGGAAGGUCACAUCGCACAUGCGACGCAGUCAUGGUCAGAAAUCCUUCGUCUUGCAGCAGAGUCUUCGCCAUUAUCCUGCAAACGGCGACCCGCUUGAAGUCUUCUGCGACAUUUCUUUCUGCGUCCCGUUCCAGUGGGCUGAAGACAAACGCCACAUAUACCGGCGAAGUGGAACGCGUGAGGACAUGAUGUCGCGAGACCAAAAUUUCCAUUUAGUUAUCAACUGGGACUUUUGUCCCGUGACACACGUAUUUCACCAAAAUGACAAGCUCGCCAAGAAUGACAUGCCUGAGAAUGUGAAGUGCGUUUACCGACUGGCAAAGAUCCUAACACUAGAUCUUCUGCCCCCGAUUUACGACAUGAAAAGAGACAAAUUCGGCGGCCCCUUGCAAUCCUAUUGGCUGAAACAGAUCAUUACGUACAUGGUUGACGAGCUUCCAAAUCCUUCGUUCUGGCAGGAGGAAUACCUGGAUCUGAGAGUAAUUCAGCUGAUGAGGAAAUUACGUAACUGCGUGAAGGACAUGACACUGUCAGACUAUUUCUGGCCGGACUUAAAUCACUUAGACGACAGCCCAAAAAGCAAGCGUGCUGAGCGCGAAACGGCGCACGACUACGUCCCAGCUCUAGUUGCGCUCCUCAACCGGGCCGCAGGAGGAGAAAACUCCGCUCUGGCGUCCUUGAAAACGCUGUCCGAAAUGACUGCUGAGUUCCGCAGUACCGUCAUCACCGAUGCCAAAAUGAUCCGGUUCGAUACAAUGAUCAGACAGUACGACAAGGUGCUGAAAUCUAGACCUUGGGAAGAGGUACCCUUCAUGGUUAAUCUCUAUAGUUCGUCGAACAUUUUGACCAACAUAAAAGAGUUCGUCGUCCUCCAUUUGAAAGACGUGGUAGAAGUGAGCGGAGAGGAAGGCAACGUCAAAAUCAGGUACAAAAGUGAAGAACUGUCCCUUGAAGAUUAUUUCGCCAAGUACAUCAGUGAUUCUACCAUGCAUGCCAGGUUUUUCUUCGGUUUUUUCACGACCGAUUGGAAUGAUGCUUACGACAAAAUGAUGGCAGAGCGCUGUCCCGAUCUUGCCAAACAACUGGGAACAUCGCAGCCCCAAGCUGUGUAAAUUGUUACAC